CUUCAGGAAUACUAACUACUUGGGGGGCAGCUCAGCUCCGGCUGCAUUCUGUCUACUCCCACGUCAGGAGCGCACCAGGAUGUCGGAGCUGGAGAAGGCCAUGGUGUCCCUCAUUGAUGUCUUCCAUCAGUAUUCCAGAAAGGAAGGUGACAAGCACAAGCUAAAGAAGUCUGAACUCAAGGAGCUCAUCAACAACGAGCUUUCCCAUUUUUUAGAGGAAAUCAAAGAGCAAGAGGUCGUGGACAAAGUCAUGGAAACACUGGACAGCGACGGAGACGGGGAAUGUGACUUCCAGGAAUUUAUGGCCUUCGUUGCCAUGGUUACCACUGCCUGCCACGAGUUCUUUGAACAUGAGUGAAGCGGAGACAGCCACCAGCCUGUCCUUGUAACAGAGCUGAAGGUCACAGAGGGCAGCACAGAGCGCAGGCAUGCAGACUAGUAGGAGCUGAGCUUUUCAGGCGUGUUUAGCUAAUUAGGAAGCUUACUUGCUUUGUGAAUGAAAAAAUGAAAACCUCUUUCCAAGGCUUGUUUUUAAAGGCCCACACUGUUAUUCCGCUAGGUUAUUCGGCACAUACAUAAGCUGAGUGGUCCCAGGGGUUCUUGGUAACCAUCACUGGGGAAAGUCAAGGCCCAGUUGUAAAGCAUGUGCUGUGGAGACCGCCAUGGCUGUGCAGAAUCCUAACUCAGAAAAACAAAACUGACCACCCAAAAUGACUCUGGGGCAUUUGUGGUUUCUCCGGAGGCCCUGGGUGGCGUAAACAGUUAUCGGCUACUAACCAAAAGGUUGGAGGUGACAGUCCACCCACACGUGCCUUGGAAGAAAGGCUUACUUUCGAAAAAUCACCCAUUGCAAACCCUGUCAAGCACAGUUCUACCCUGAUAUGCAUGGGGUCACCAUGAGUCGGAGUUGACUCUAUAGCAACCGGCUUGGUUUUUCGGUAAGCUUCCACCACCCUUAAAGAUACAAAGCCUUGUCCACAAUCAUCUGAAAAUGCUGCCCUUCCUUACAUUUUCUCACCACUAGCGCAAAUGAAACCCGAAAUAGAUGGUCUGUGCUGUUCCAGCUGCCCAAAAAAGCAGAGUCACAUUUAGGUUCCUUUCCCUAUGGCAAACUGUGAUUACUAGGUAAAUAUCUAAUGCUAAUGGUUCUAAGUGGAAAAUAUGCUGCAUAAACCAAUGUAUACUGACAUUUUAACCCUAAUUAGAAACGAGAAUCAAAAUUCUACUUUCAGCAGAAUUCUCCUUCUACUAAGAUUACAUUUCACUGGAUCUGAGUUUUGUUAGUUGCCACUAGGUUGGCUUAGACUCCCGGAGAGCUUGUGUAUAAGAGAAUGGAAUAUUGCCUGGUCCUGUGCUAUCUUCAUCAUCAUGGGUAUGUUUGAGUCAAUUGUGGCUAUUGUGUCAAUCCAUCUCACUGAGGGUUUCCCUCCUUUCUGCUGACCUUCUGCUUUACCAAACAUGAUGUCCUUUCCCAGGGAUUAGUCUUUCCUGAUGAUACGUCUCAAGUAAGUGACUGUAGGACAUAUGUACAGAAGGAACAUGGCGUGGGCUCAGGACCAGAGUUAAGCUCUGUCUCUCUGGAGAAAGUAGACGUGCGGCAAGUAAUUUCAACUCCCUAGCCCCCUCUGGUCAGUAAAGUGAUGGACCACGUGAUUGUUCAAAUGUAUUACCAGCGACUCGAGGGCACACUUGAUGUGUUUAGUUGGUUGGUGACUGUCAUUCCUGCCUUUGUUUGUGUGAGGAAAAUAGUGCUUACCGCUGUUGGUGAAAUCAAUGUGCAUGGAAAGCUGAACUUCAUGUUUUGUAUCCACAAAUUCAAAUAAAUCAAGUUUCAAAUAAUUCAUAUAAGUUAUAAAUAUUAAAAAUAAGUGCCAGGAAAAUCCAGAUUAAUUUAAUCCACUCCCCACCUCCUCUUUUUUUUUUUUUUUAAAC